UGUCUACACUGCUCUCUCUGACUAAUCAUGGACAGCUACAAGUUCAACCCAAACAAGGCCAACAGCUUUGGAACCAACUUAACAAACAACAAUGAGCUGAGGAUUGUGAUGGUGGGCAAGACUGGAAUUGGGAAGAGUGCUUCUGGAAACACCAUUCUGGGUCGAUCAUGCUUUCAGUCCAAAUGCAGCGCCAAAUCCAUGACUGUGAACUGCUCCAAAAGCUACACUACGGUGGAUGGACAGCAGGUUGCUGUCAUUGACACUCCGGGUCUGUUUGACACCAGGUUUGGGAAAGAUAAAACAACCAAAGACCUGAGUCUGUGCAUCACUUAUGCUGCUCCUGGACCCCAUAUAUUCCUGGUGGUUGUUGCAGUGGGGAGAUUCACAGAAGAGGAAAAACUGUCAGUCCAAUGGAUUCAAGAAAUGUUUGGAGAAGCUGCAGAGAGAUUUAGUAUGGUUCUCUUUACUCAUGGAGACAGCCUUGAAUCCACCAUUGAAGAUUUCUUGGCCGAAUGCCCAGAACUGCAGGAGCUGGUGUCCAGAUGUAACGGCCAAUAUCAUGUCUUCAACAACAAGCUAGAAGAUAAGAAACCUCAGGUCAUUGAGCUGCUCCAGAAGAUCAAGAGCAUUGUUAAAAAAAAUGGAGGAAGUCACUACACCAACGAGAUGUUCCAAGAGGCUGAGAGGGCAACCGAAGAGAAGAAACAACGCAUCCUGAAGGAGAAAGAAGAGGAAAUACGUAAAGAGAAAGAAGAAAUGGAGAGAAAAAUACAAGAAAAGUACCAGGCAGAGAUGCAGAAAUAUCAGGAGCAGCUCCAGGCUGAGAGAGAGAGGGAGAAGAAGGAGAGCGAGGAGGAGAGGAGGAGAGAGAAGGAGGAGAUGAAUGAGGAGAGAAAACGGGAAAGGGAAAUGAGAGAGGCAGAGAGAAAGGAGAGAGAAAGGGAGAUUGAACAAAAGAUGAAAGAAUUAAAAGAACAGUCUCAAAAAGAAAUUCAGGAGGAAAAGGCCAAGCUCCAGUCUAUGCAUGUAUCAAGAGCCAGAAGUCUAGCUGAAGAUUUAAAUCCUUUCAUUGUUCUCUUUGAAGCUGCACAACCCAUUUUCAAGCGAUGCAGUUUAAUGUAAGCUUAAAAGAUGUCACCCAAAAACUUUACAGAUUUUAAUGUGGUUGUUGCUCAAAGAAGAAACAUAAACAAGACAACUAAUUAGCACUUCUUGUGCCUAUUCUGUAUUGUCUUGAUGAAGGAAGUUGAGCUCCAGGUAGAGCAAUUCAAUUCACGUUUGACCUUAAUAUCUCACAUUGUGUUAAGAAAAUAUUUCUGCUGAUCUAUAGAUGCUGAAUGCGUUCAGUAAAACUGAUUAUGUAUACAUUUUAGACAAUACUGGUGUUGGUUUCUAAUUUUCAGUUAUUUCAGAAUGUAUCAAUUGAUUCUUCAUUAAUUAAAUCAAUAAUCAGUAUGUGUGGGUGAGUCCCUUCGGCUGCUCUCUUAUUCAGGAGUUGCCACAGCAGAUCAUUAAAAAAUUACAUUCAGCUGGAUGCCCUUUCUGACGCAAUUAGUAGUCAUACCCGAGGUCCCCCACAUGAAAGACAAGGACUUAGCCUACUAAACUACAGACUAAACCCUUAAUUAGCAUGUAAUAACAGUAAAUGUACUUCUGAUGUUUAUUUACUGUUCUUGUAAUAGUUUGAUUUUAAUGUCUUUGUGUUUUGAUCACUGUUUAUUCAACUCGAGAUGCAUUGUUUCAUCCUGUGCUGAUCAGAAUGUAACACAUAACAUAAAA